AGAAAGAAAAAACUAAACGAGAGCCAAAGAGAAAAGGGAAAGUUGGUUGAGCGACGACGUUAUAAGAUAUACUUCGCGAUCAUUGUGUAACCUCGUCCCCAAGGUUCCAGAGAAACCCUCUAUAUUAUUUCUGUAAAUCAAAGGAACCGAACCAAUCCAUUUGUCUCUUUUUUUAUCCCUCAUCUUCUCUAACUUUCGGUAGAGGUAGAUAGCUAGAGAUUGUGUUGAGUCGUAAAGGGUGGAGAAGGAAAACGAGAGAGAAAGAGAAUCAGGAAAUGAUGUCAACAACGUCCCAAACUAUUGUUAACCAUAGUUUGUUCGAAGAGCAAGAUCCGAAUCCUACGCAGAUGGGGUUCAUUCCUUUCCCACCAAACCUAACCUUUCCUCUUUUGGGUUGCCAUCAAUCUUUGAAAACCAUCAGUGCAAUAGCUCCUUCACUUUCAUCUGAAGCUGCUGCUUCUACUGCAAAUUUUGCGGAAACCCUAUUCUCAACCGCUGUUCAAAGACCACGAGAAGAUCUCACUUCAAGUUUGGGAGGAGGAGGAGGAGGAGUAGGAGGAGGUCAACUCUUUUCCAUGAACAGAUCGAGAGUGAAUUCAUGGGCAUGGGGAGAAGUAACGGAUUGCUUGAUGGGUAAAAGAAUUGGAGGAGAUGAUAAUCAUCUAGGGGUUUCUGCCAUGAAGAUGAAGAAAAUCAAGGCAAGAAGGAAGGUUAGGGAGCCUAGGUUUUGCUUCAAGACUAUGAGCGAUGUGGAUGUGUUGGAUGAUGGCUACAAGUGGAGAAAGUACGGGCAGAAAGUGGUAAAGAACACGCAGCACCCGAGAAGCUAUUACCGUUGCACCCAAGAUAACUGUCGAGUAAAGAAGCGCGUGGAGCGCUUGGCUGAGGAUCCAAGGAUGGUGAUAACCACAUAUGAAGGGAGACAUGUCCACUCUCCAUCAACUGAUCUUGAUGACUCACAAACUCCGUCUGAACUUGGCAACUUCUUGUGGUAGUAUAUGCACCAACUUAACAUUUACAUAUGUAUAUUUUCAUCGUAGAGGUGUGUUUAAUUUGUAGAGAUGAAGACAGAAUAAGUAGAGAGGAAUGAGUCAAAAUUGACAGUGUAUCUAGGAAAUUAUGCACGCAUGCUUUGAUUCAUUGUCAAUUUUCACUCGUUUCCAUCCACUCCUCACAUUUUCACCCUUUCCAAAAGCCCAACAUAAGAUUGUGGCUGACUUUUAGU